AUAUUUCUUUUAAAUACCCAAAAUUGAUGUUAAUUUACUUAAAUAAAAGGCUAAUUUUCCUAAAUUAGUGGAGAGUCUGACUAUCAUUAAAGCGACAUCCAAUUGAGAUUCUGUCUAUAUGGAAAUUUAUUUUAUUUCUUAUUUUUAAUGGAAAACUUGGUGGCCAAGUUGCUUGCUCUGUAAUUAUAAAAGGAAUUAGGUGGGGAUAAUGUGAACAUCUCUCGAGUUACGGUUCUUUCUUCUUCUUCUUCUUCUUUGUUUUGUUUCAUUUUAUUAUUGUUUAAAAUUCAUGUCUCUCCUUCUCGGCUACUCCCCGAAGCUCUUCAUUCGGAAACCUGUGUUGGUAAGAGCCUCUGGUGGCGGCUCUUCUUCCAUGGUGCAAACCCCUCCUUGUUUCAUCCAUGGCGCGGAUCCUUGUGGGGCAGAUCAUGUAUUACUCGAAUAUGCAUAUUCUAUGAAAAAUCAUCCUAGAUUGAGAAAAAAGGCGCCUGAGCAGCUAGUGUAUAACGAUGCAGAGGUAACAACAAUCGGGUCCUCUCAUGGCUGGGUAGCUUCUUUGAUGCAUGGCGUUGGCACUCUGCGUCUCCAUGAUGAUCUAAACCCGGUUGCAUCUGAUGCAAAUCCAAAACGCAUCUCCCUGCCUCCUCUUGUAACUGUGCCUCAUUGCCAAACCCAAAUCGUCACCAACGUGUCCUUGUCCUCACCGUCUCCAGAGGACGAAGAUUGUGUCGUGGCUGUCAAGUUCUUGGGACCCCAACUCAGCUACUGCAGACCCUCCUCUGCUCUAGGCAGCAAGUCCAAGUGGUUCAACAUCAGGAUCGCAAACCCUAGCUUCUUCUCCUCCCGUGUCAUGUUUUCCGAGAAACUUAACAUGUUUCGCAUACCUGGAGCUGGAGGCCAACUCAUUGGGUCAUGGGAUCUCUGCAAAGACCAGCACACACCCGAGAUUCUGGUGUUGCGAUAUCGUAACCUUCCCGAGCUGAGCGAAGCAGAACGUGAGGUUAUGGAUACCUGUUUCACCACCGAACACUUGGUGGAAUCACAAUCCACAGGUGAAACCUUUUUGGUCAAGUGUUUCAGAAAGAGCGUGAACGGUGGUACCAGUUGGGAAACAAAAGCUGUAAUGGUGUUUAGGGUACUUCCCUUGGGAAAUGCAUUGUACACUCGCCACCUUGGAGAUCUCACCAUUUUCAUCUCAAAGUCUGAAGCAUUCUGUGUCCGUGCAAGCUCUUUUCCUGAUGUGAGACCUAACGAAGUCUAUAUCUUGGAGGACACCGAGAUUGCAUUUUUCAGGCUUGCUGAUUCUGACAUCUCAGGUUAUACGAAAAGAGUCGUGGCCCCUUACUUUAUUCCACCUCAAAAUAUAGAAUAUCAAGUUUGGGAUUGGGUUGAGUCUAGAGUCUGUCUUCUCUUUAAAAGCUUUCAGCCAUCAAAAUAUAAUCCGUUUUAGUUUACUCUAUGUGAAAAUAGAGUUUCAGUUAAGACAACAUUAAUUACUAUCUCAAUAACUUACAACGUACACUUGUGUGAGUAGAUUCUUGAAAUAAAACUCUAGAAGAAGAAGAAGAAGAUGAUGAUGAUCAUCAUCAUCUGGGGUUUCUUAAAGUUUUUGCAACAACAACAACCAACUGUUAUUACCUGCUGCAGGAGAAUUGGGUAAUGAUGAUCUUGAUUUAGCUGAUCUUGAUUUAGAGAAAAUGUUUGAAUUUUUGAGCAGCGAUGAGUUUGCGGUAAUUUGAAGAGAGUCCGGUUUGAUCCCGGAUCAGUUUUUUUUUUCUCAGAUAAGAGAAAACUGAUGCAACUCAAACAUGUCAAGCUUCU